AUGUCGCCGUGUUUUCCAAUCGUCGGGAUUCUACGUCGUUUCCGGUGUCGGUCGAGGAAUCGACGAGCCGGCAAGAAACCGGAAAACUACCUAACGCCCUACGAAAUGGAAAUGGUACCGAUGAUGCUCAAGGAGUUGUCAGCACAGUCGCCAAGGUUUUUCGAGACUGUCAGCUUCAGAUGGUUCAAAGAGGCAGUUGCGUCGGCUAGAGAACCGAAUGUGCCGGGGGUUUCCGGGAAUUAUUGUAAGUUUUGCUUUGUGUUUGAUGAGGAAAAGGGUGGUUUUCUUAGUGCAGUAAGAUGAUUUUUUAAUGCAGUAAGCUGGGUUUUUAGAUCAGUAUUACUCUAAGCUUUUCUUCAUAGUAUAAGGUAUAAAAAACAUCAAAAAUAUCUAAUGUUUAAGCCAAAAAACCGCUAAAAAUAAACUUAUUUUAACCCUAGGUUGAUCUAAAAAUAAAUUUUUUAUCAAAAAAUUCCCAAAAAAUCAAUUUUUCACCCCAAAAUGAUCAAAAAACCAUCAAAACUCAAAUUUUAAACUCAAAAACCCCUGUUUUUCCCCAUUUCACAGUCAUUUUUGCCUAUUUCCUGCACUUUCAAGCCUUUUCGCGUGUCAAAAGUCAUGCCAAUUAAACUAUUACUACUUUACAUACGACUAGUAGACCACAAAUUGCCUAUUUAUUCUGUUUUUUAGCUUUUGUCAAUUAAUUUUUAAUACUUUAAUUACCCCUGCUCUUGGGUGGGCUUACUGAAAAGUGAAAAAUUGUUAACAAAAGUCUUGUAAAAACUUAUUGAAGUAGUUAAAAAAGUUUUAAAAGUUUACAAAAUUACCAAAUAGGCUUAAAUAAGGCUUGAAAAAGGUCAUAAGUAUAGAGAAAAAGCCAAGAAUAUUGGGUUUUGUCAUCAUUUUUAAUCAAAUUUGAACUUUUUUUGUGAUUUUUUGUAGUUUUGUGAUUUUACAUGCCUGAAAAUGACUUCAUAGUACUUAAAAACCCAUGUCAAUAAAUUCAUACUACUCAUCUGAAUCAAUGUCCUCAUAAAAACCAAAUUUCAAAAGAUGUACCCAAACAAGAUGGAAGCUUAAGAAAUGUUGCCAAACAUGUUUUUCACCUUAUGACAUGCUGCUUUCCAUGGAAAUCGUAUUCAAUAUCGAAUUACGAGUAUUUCCGCGUUCCCAACGGAACAUUUACACUAACAAGACGACAAUUAAGCAUAGCGACCUUCUUCCUUAUACUCGUGCAAAAAAGCAAAUAUUUUUGUUUUGAAUAAUUUGGAUUGUAGUGCUUUGAAUUGACGGUGAUAAGAGUGAUUUUAGAGGUGUUAUAGUACAGUACAAAUUAGGUAUUGAGAGUAGAAGCUUAUCAAUUAAGUAUUGAAAGUUUAGGCUUGUAAGGUACAGUUUCAAAUAUGAAUUUAAAGCCUAAAGUUAAGCUUAACCAAGUCUUACAAUACAGCCAAAAUUUAGCUUAAAGUCAAGCCUAGAACUAAGCCUAACGUAAGCCUAAUUAUGCAUAAUAAAACAACCAAAAUGUAGCCUCAAACUAUGCCUGAAAUUAAGCUUAAAAUGAGACUAAAGCAUGCCUUAAAAACCCGAAAACUAGCCCAAAUUUAGUCCAAAAUCAAGCCCAAACUUAAGCCUAAACUUAAGCCUAAAACCGGCCAAAAACUACAAAAAUCACGUUUUCAAAAACUCUUUAAAAAUUCAAAAAACACCUUUUUUUGUUUCAACUAAUUAAAAAUUGCUCGAAAUCACCUAUUCGGCCAAAACAAUCUCGUAUCAUAUACUCUUUGUUCUAUGUACGUAAGAAAAAGUUCCGGCCGAAGUAACUUUUGGCGUCAUAGAGUGUAAUGCCAUGAAUACAUUACAACUAUGACGCUAAUUAUAUGUGACAAAUCUUAAUGAACUUAAAACUUUUUGAGGUUUAAAUUAAGGCUGUUUCAAUACAAUGUCUGCAUUUUUUAAAGCAUUUUUUGAAUUUCUAAAAUUAUAAAAACUUUUUUUUGAAAAUUUUAAAAAAUGUCAAAAACUCCAUUUUUAGCCAAAAAUAAAUGACAAAACCUCUGUUUUUGGCCAAAUUUUAAAAAAUUUUUUCUUCCGUUUUAAUAUUUUUUAUAGUUAUAGCUACAAAAAAAGGCUGUAACGUAGGUGUUUAAAUGUCUAAACUUAACAUUAUCAUGUUGUAGUAGCUUUACGUUUAUAAAAAUUUUAAAAUAAAUUGUAUUUCUGCCAUUUUUAUUCAAUUUUCAUUACGUUUGAGCAAGAUGAAUAAAGAUUUUCGCAUCUCAAGCUUUAAAAAAAUUAUUUUUAUAGUAAAACGUUGAAGAAAAAUGUCAUUUUGUAGCUUGAAUUUAUAAAAACCGCCACUUUUUGAAGGUUUAGUCCCUUUUCUUAAGUUUUAGGUAACAAAAAAUGAUGUUUUUGUAGUCUUUAUUAAACCAUUUUAAAUUUUUCGUACUCUGCCUUGAAGUAAAAUAUAGUUUUAGAAGCUUGUCUUAUAACAAUCUGAAGUUUUAAGACCUUCUCUUGAGGCAAUUUGAAGUUUUAAAACAUUUGCUUAAGACAAAUUGAGGCUACAAGUGAUGUAAAGCAAAGUUCCUUAGUCUUAUGAUGUAGAUAAGCCAAAAAACUAAUAUGUAUUAAUGUCACGUAUUAAUACAAAGCAAUAUAGAAUUAACAUAGAAGAAUCUGGAAAGUUGUAAUAGCUAUGAAAUGGCAUGAAAUCCUAAGAAAAACAAAGAAAACUGACAAAAACUGAGCGAAAACAAUGAAAUUUUGAAGAAAAAUAGGCAAAGUGAUGACAAAAGGACUAGUAUCUUUUGGACUAGAACGUCUAAGAUCGUCUAAACGUGUUUACAAUAUAAGAGUGUAUCUUGUCUAUCAAAACACAGUCAAGAAAGUUUUUAAAAUUCGAUUUUUCAAGCCAAAUUCAAUCAAAAUGGUUGAAGAACUACCUAAAUUCUCUCAAAACCACUUAUAAACCCCCAUGAAAACUCUUAAUAAACCCCCAUUUUCAGCCGCUCCACCAGUAACAAUGACCGAGUUCGAGUCGGAAGGCCAAGCCUUGGAAGAACUGAUCCGACUGGUCGCAAAAACCUUGAUGGAAAAAGGGAUCUUCGACGAUGAAAUCGAGAACAAUCUCAACGCCUAUCGUCAUAAACGUGAACAAUGGAAAUGUACCAACGCUGCUGCCACCGUCUCCGCCACGCUAGCCGCGCCAACCCUGUUGCGAACCCGCUCAUUCUCGGCCGCCGUCGCUGCUCCACCAAUAUCAUCAUCAAGGUUAUGCCGUAAGAAUGGUGUUAUCACGGAGACGACUACUACAAAGUCUCGGCCUGGUUUGCUUGACUGUAUUUGUGGUGGACGGCAGAGAGGCAGUGCUGCUCGUCAGACUGACGCAUUAUUCGUACAGUUGGGUGAGGUGCUGGCACAUCAGUAUCAAUGUAGUGUGGGGGUGGAUAAAGAUGGGAAUGUGCAUGAGAGAGAGUUGAAACUAUUGAUCUGGAGACACUUUGUCCAAAUGUUUGUGGCAGUGUUGACUGAUAGAGCUAGGUUUCCUGGCUAA